GUCAACUUCUUCCUUCUCUAGCAGUUGUUUCAUCAGCCACGAGUGUCUGUAUUCAGCCGACAGGAGAGUUUCUCUGAAGAGUUUCAGAAAGAUGGGAGACUCUGUAAACGAGUACACAACCCGACUGCAACAGCAGGAGCAGGAGAUCAAGAGUCUAUCUGCAGAGGUUGAGGGUCUAAAAAAACCACAGAACCUGAGUCCAUCUCCCCGCCUGGAACAGCUGCGGGAUGAAAACGCCAAACUGAAGUACCGCCUGAACGUCCUGAAGAGGAGCCUGCAGGAGGAGAGGACGGUUCACUGCACUAAAUCCAUGACCAACAUCCUCCACCGGCUGGAGGAGAUCUUCUGCGAGGCCAUCCGUGCUGCGUACCCCGAGCUGGAAGACCCCCCCCUGUCCGUGGCCUCCAGCCAGCAGCCCAGGUUUGGAGAGUACCAGUGCAACAGCGCCAUGGCCAUCGCCCAGAUUCUGAAGGCAAAGGGAGUGAAGACAAACCCCAGGGAAAUUGCACAAAAGAUCGUCCAGAACCUUUCCGACAACGAAGUCAUCCUCAAAACUGAGAUCGCCGGACCAGGGUUCAUCAACGUCUAUCUGAAGAGGCCGUUUGUGUCCAAACUGAUGAGCAACCUGCUGAUCAACGGCGUGCAGCCCCCCCCACUGUCCAAGAAGAGGGUGGUGGUGGAUUUCUCCUCUCCAAACAUCGCCAAAGAGAUGCACGUGGGCCACCUGCGCUCCACCAUCAUCGGAGAAAGCAUGAGUCGGCUGUUUGAGUUUCUGGGCUACGAUGUUCUCAGGCUGAACCAUGUGGGAGACUGGGGGACUCAGUUUGGGAUGCUGAUCGCCCACCUGCAGGAUAAAUUCCCAGACUACCUCACCUCCUGCCCGCCCAUCGGAGACCUGCAGGCCUUCUACAAAGAGUCGAAGAAGCGCUUUGACGAGGAGGAGGACUUUAAGAAGCGAGCGUACAAGUGUGUCGUCAGACUGCAGAGCAAAGAGCCAGAGUUCAUUAAAGCCUGGAACCUCAUCUGUGAUGUUUCCAGGAAAGAGUUUCAGAAGGUUUACAACUGCCUGGACAUUACGCUCAUCGAGAGAGGAGAGUCUUACUACCAGGAAAUGAUGACCAAGGUGGUGAAAGAGUUUGACGAGAGAGGUCUGAGCGAGAUGGACGAGGGUCGUAAGAUCGUCUUUGUCCCGGGUCAGCCCAUCCCCCUCACCAUCGUCAAAUCUGACGGCGGGUACACCUACGACACAUCGGACCUUGCAGCCCUGCGCCAGCGACUCUUCGACGAGAAGGCGGACAUGAUCAUCUACGUCACAGACAGCGGACAGGGCACACACUUCCAGGUGGUGUUUGCUGCGGCUCAGCUGAUUGGCUGGUACGACCCUCAGGUGACCCGGGUGGAGCAUGCAGGCUUUGGAGUGGUGCUGGGGGAGGACAAGAAAAAGUUUAAGACCCGGUCUGGAGACACGGUGAGGCUGAUGGACCUGCUGGACGAGGGACUGAAGAGGUGCAUGGACAAGCUGAUGGAGAAGGAGAGAGACAAGGUGCUGACCCCCGAGGAGCUGACCAAAGCCCAGAGGUCUGUGGCUUUCGGCUGCAUCAAAUACGCCGACCUGUCCCACAACCGCAGCAACGACUACGUCUUCGCCUUCGACAAGAUGCUGGAUGACCGGGGCAACACGGCCGCCUACCUGCUCUACGCCUUCACCCGCAUCAGGUCCAUCGUCCGCCUGGCUAACAUCGACGAGGCGGCGCUGAAGAAGGCCGCGGAGACCACCGAGGUUCUGGUGGAGCACGAGGCGGAGUGGGAGCUGGGGAAGGUCAUCCUCCGUUUCCCAGAGAUCCUGCAGAAGAUCCUGGACAGCCUGAUGCUGCACACGCUCUGCGACUACCUGUACGAGCUCGCCACCACCUUCACCGACUUCUACGACAGCUGCUACUGCGUGGAGAAGGACCGACAGACAGGUAAGGUGGUGAAGGUCAACAUGUCGAGGAUUCUGCUCUGUGAAGCCACGGCGGCCAUCAUGGCCAAAUGCUUCGACAUCCUGGGAAUCAACCCCGUCGCGAGGAUGUGAUGACCCCACCGGCCCUUCAUCUCUCCUUCUGUGGCUUUCUGCAUUCAUCAGAAACCAGAGCCGAAAGAAAGGAGAAGUGAUGACGACCGACAGUAAUCAUUCUCUUUCACACGCCAAACUCACUGGACUUAAAAUAAAUAAAUAUCCACAAAGGUAUUAUAUCCAGGCAGGGAGACAACAAGAAAACCUGUGUUGAUUCCAUCAUGAACAUCUCAUGUGAGGAUCCUGUUUUUUAUUAAAGAAACUGUCAUGAAACCAAAA